UGGAAAAAAGGGCUCUAACCGUCCGUUUGGUUGCUGAGAAAACCUUCAGCAAAGCCUUGAACGAUCAACAACGGAGAAAAACCCAGGAAAUGGAAAAUCCCAACUCCCUUUUCCUGUCGCUUUCCACAGUUUUCCCGACAAGCAAUCAGCACUUUGAUCAAUUCAGGCGACAAAAACUAAGUUGUUAUCAUAUUCAAUCCAAGAAAAAGACACAUCAUAUCCUAGAUUUCUCCAUCAAAUUUGAAUUAUUCCUCCUUAACCAUCACUUGCAUCGAUUAUAAGCUUCAAUUCCACAGAGUGCAGUUUCAAUUCUCUGAUAUCAGUACUAUUGGCUUUGUGAAAGUUCUCACUCUUCCAUGGAUGAUUGCAGAUGUUCUUCACCGCCUUCCAAGAUGAUGCAACCGCAAACCAUGGACUCAGAAGGACCGUAUCGGCUUCUCCACUGCUCUAGUAAGUGUGAUAAGGCAGGUGUGAUACAAGAGUUGGAGAAAGGAGUAGAAGCCAACCUGGCUGACUAUGAUAAAAGAACAGCACUCCAUUUAGCAGCCUGUGAAGGCUGUGAAGAAAUUGUUGUCUUACUUCUUGAGAAAGGAGCUGAUGCAAACCCCAUUGAUCGUUGGGGUCGCACUCCACUUUCAGAUGCUCGUAGCUUUGGUCAUGAGAAGAUAUGUGAGAUACUGGAGGCUCAGGGUGGAAUAGAUCCAGUGGGGCUUGACUCUAAGACUCCAUGCGAUGAAAUUGAUUAUGCUGAGGUGGACAUGGAUGAAGCAACUCUUAUUGGAGAAGGAGCAUAUGGUGAAGUUUAUUUAGUGAGGUGGCGUGAAACAGAAGUUGCUGCAAAUAUAAUUUAUUCCUCCAUUUCAUCAGAUCCAAGGGUGAAAGGGAUGAAUCAUCUUCACCAGCUUAAACCACAUUCUAUAAUUCACCGGGAUUUGACUCCAAGAAAUGUCUUACAAGAUGAAGCAGGGCACCUUAAGGUCACAGUCUCCAGUCUAUGCAAAAUUGCUCAGGAAAAAGAUGCAUUUGCAUACAAAAUGACUGGGGGAGCAGGUUCAUAUCGUUACAUGGCACCUGAGGUUUAUCGUCGAGAAUCAUAUGGGAAGAGCAUUGAUGUCUUCUCCUUUGCUGUAAUAGUACAUGACGACAUGGUUGGACCAAUAUACCAUUUUAUUUUCAAUAAUCUAAUGUAUAUAUAUGUAUAG